UUCUGGCUUGUUAAUCUGUUUUGGAUUCCUGUUUUACAGGUUGUAUCUCCUUUCCCUCCCUCUGAUAAGAUAGGGAUUAACUCAGUUCAGAGAGAGGCUGAAGAAAUUAUCCCCAUGAAACAAAUGAAAAUGGACUGGGUUCCUUAUAUUCCUCUUGAGGACAGAGAUAGCCAAGUUGAUAGGCUGAAGUCUCAAAUAUAUAUAUUAAGAUGCACUCAAAGAAGGGCUGCUUUAAAGCAUUUGAAGAUAGACCGUCUCAAGAAAUAUGAGUACUGCUUGCCUUAUUUCUACCAGCCAUUCAAGGAAGAUGAACUUGAGCAAAGCACUGAGGUUCAGAUAAUUUUCCCAGUAGAACCAAAGCCGAUUUUCUGCGAAUUUGAUUGGGAGUUAGAUGAGCUUGAGGAGUUCACGGACAAGCUGAUCCAGGAGGAGGAAUUGGCUGAAGAUCAGAAGGAUGCCUUCAAGGAGUUUGUUAAGGAGAAAGUUCGAGAAGCGAAGAAAGCUAAUCGUGAGGCAAGGGAAGCCCGGAAAAAAGCCCUUGAAGAGAUGACUGAGGAAAGUAAGGCAGCGUUUGAGAAUAUGAGGUUUUACAAGUUCUACCCUGUACAAACACCAGAUUCUCCUGAUGUAUCGAGUGUUAAGGCUCCAUUCAUAAACAGGUAUUAUGGGAAGGCUCAUGAGAUUCUGUGAUUGGUCUCAAGACCAAUGUGCCUGAGAGAUGAUCUAAGCCCACUAUGGUAGCAUCAAAGCAGUUCAGAUGCUUAAAGAUUUUGUUUAUUACGCAGAGAGUUGGGAGGCAAGCCCCUGUUGCCUCAUCAUAUAUUUCCUUGAUCAGAGUUUAGGUGUCUCAAAAGAUGUAAACUAGUAUUAGUUUCAGAAGUUUUAGAUCAACAAUUGUGGUGCUCUCUCACCCUAGGAGGAAAUUGUAAGAUACAAUCUUGAGGCUUUUCAAAUUUCAUAUAAAAUUUUAAGCUUCCCGAGUUGCAAACUUGCGACGGAGUUGGAAUUCGGAUUACUAAAAUGUCAAACUUUACAAACAAAUAAGAAAAGUAACGAUCUUUUUAAA